AUGCAUUCUGUUAUUGAAGUUCUCUAUGUCAGCAUUGUGUUUCUUGCUACUGUAGUUCUCAUACAGGCUGGCUCAGUGGUUGGGUCAACAGUCGGUGAAACUGCUGUAAAAUCACAGGAUCAAGAAUACUUUACUUUGAUAUUUCCAAAACCACCUAUGCUAGGUAAAAAAGAGAGAUCAAGACCUUCAGAAUUACAAAUCACAGUUCCUAGGCAAGAUGAAAAAGAAACAGAGAAAGAUCAAAAGCCAGCUCAUACAUGGAUAAGGCAUUCUUUAAGAAAAAUUUUUCAAAAACCAUCCAUUUCUCUAGCUGUCAAGAUAAAAGCUCCAUUCACACACCCUCAUUCUCCCAAUAUCCAUCCUAUAAAAGCAGAAGCUAAAAGGUCUGAAAACGGUACAAAAAGAACAACUUUGAAGGAAGAGUCCAAGAAAAAAUCUGGCCUGCAUGCAACAAAUUCAGAAUUCAAGAAAAUGGUAAAAGAUGACAAACAUGAAAGAAGAAAUAAAUCAGGUAAAACUUCAUCAAAAUCAUCACAUGAAAGCAAACUAUUUAAGAAGUCAAAAUCCAAAUCAGAAACAAAUCCUGCAUCCACAGCUUCUAAGGCAGUCUCAAAGUUAGAGUCAAAAAAAGAUAAAAAAGAUUCAAAAAAUUCCAAGGAGACAGAUAGUGAAUCCAUAUGUACUAGAAACAAUCAAAAGAAAGAUUUUAAGAAAGUCUUAAAAGAAAAUUCUGAUAACAAACCAGAAACUUGCUCAAUAACUAGUGUGAAUGUGAAUGUGGUAUGUUUAGAGGAGUCUGGUACGGAAUCCACAAAUGUGGAUACAUGGUUAACAAAUUACUCACAGAACAAUUCAAAGAAAUCUCCAAAGAAGGACACAAAGAAGGAUGCAAAGAAGAGCUCUGAUGCUGAAUCUGGAGAAACAAAAGAUGCAAAGAAAGAUGCAAAGAAGGAUAAGAAAGGUUCAAAGAAAGAUGACAAGAAAAAAGACGCAAAGAAGAAUGCAGAGUCUAGUGAUGCAGAAACUGGAGAGUCAAAAGAUGCAAAGAAAGAUAAGAAAGAUACUAAGAAAGAUGACAAGAAAAAAGAUGUAAAGAAGAAGGCAGAGUCUAGUGAUACAGAAUCUGGAGACUCAAAAGAUACAAAGAAAGAUAAGAAAGGUUCAAAGAAAGAUGGAAAGAAGAAAGAUGCAAAGAAAGAUGCAGUCUCUACUGAUUCUGAAUCUGAAGUGGAGUCAAAGAAGGGUAAGAAAUAUGAAAAGAAGGAAAAGAAAGAUGAUAAAAAGAAACCUGGCAAGAAAGAUGCAGAGUCUACUGAUGCUGACUCUGAAUCUGAAGGUGAUUCAAAAGAUCGUAAGAAAGAUGAGAAGAAAAAAAAAAGUGACAAAAAGAAAGAUACAAAGAAGAUGGCAGAGUCAACUGAAAGUGAGACUGAUUUGGAGUUAAAGAAGGUUAAGAAAGAGUCAAAAGAAAAGAAAGGUGCCAAAAAGGAGGACAAGAAGGAUGCAAAGAAGGACACGGUAUCUACUGAUGCUGAAUCUGAUGAGUCUUCCAAGGCAGGUACAAAGAAAGCCACAGUGAUCAAAGGUUCACAAGCCAAAUCUCAAAAGAAAGCUGAUGAUUCAGAUGGCCCAUCCACAGAUUUGAAGAAAGUAGUAUCAGAAGGAAGGAUAGGAUUUAGAAUGUCAUCCAAAAAGACUACUUUUGAUGAAACAGGCAAAAAAAUAACUGUAGGUAGAGUUCUUCCAUCAAGACAAAGACCACCACUCCCUCCUUGUGAGCCUUUUCUAGCAUCACCUAAGGUCAAACGUCUCUGUCGGUGCAAGAUACCGCCUCCACCUCCAAAACCAAGAUAUGCUCCUUUGCCUGAAGCACAGUGGAUUCACAAGCUACUUUAA